AUGCCCCCUCGCAAGAAGCCGGCCCCCACUACCACCAGGCGGAAGACUCGAGGGCUGCCGAGAUGUCUCGACGAGUUGGACAUGGACCAAGACGAUAUCACCAAGUACUUCAAGCCCAAGGCUGGUGCCCCCUGGACUUCCGCGGAGGUCGAGCUCUUGAGACGAAGGAUAGUCACGGCCGAUAGAAAAAUUGCAACGCUCCAGUUGGAGAAGGAAAGGUUGCUCAAUAUCCUCCACGAAGUCCCCGAGGAGCUCCUCGACCCAGACGGGGGAAAGCGGGCCUCGCUCUCCAGGCGCGAAAGCGAUGGGGUCAUAGAUCUCUCCCAGGACAUGCCCUCGAGUGGUGUGGUCAAGUCCGAGGGCCAGUGGCCAGAGAAAUGCCCCUGGGAGGACCGGGAGGCGGCCACGGUCCGAAUGAUGGGCCGGAUCAGCAUGUUCUGCAUCGACGACCUCUUGGAACCGUCGGAGCGGGUCCACAUCGAUGAGGUGGCUGGAGGAGGGUCAGAGCCAUCUGGACAGGGUGGCCCCAACAUAGAGAUACCUCCACGGCCGGAUGGGUUGCCGAGCCCAUUCCCUCGAGUCUUGGACAAACACGGCCCGUUUUUGGGGAAAUACCCAUCGGUGCCGGGUUUCUUCGAUGACUUUGAUGGCCUCUUCGUACUGUCCCCGACAGAGCUGGUCGCGACCAUAGACGAGCUCGAGAACUUACUCGCUACCUACCUCAAUCCGCUCGUUUAUACUAGGAAGGACCUCAGCCGGUGGACGGACUACUCGGUGGAGUUCCUCAUUCGUCUUCAUGAGGGGGUGAGGAGGAACAAGGCAAGGGGAGUCUCUAUCGAGGCUGUCCAGCGGUACCUCAACGAGUUGUUCUCCAACUACCCUCGUCCUAAGUCGGACCAGUUCGAGGAGGAGCGCCCAUCAUCUAGACGACCACUACUGGAGACCAGUGGACCGCCUCUGGCCCGGAACAUGGCUGACACGAUGGACUUCGCUGAGCAGGUGGAGCCCUUAGCCCCCGAGGGCCAAUUUGAUGAAGUCCAGGACAUAGACCAGACCGAGGUGAUGCUUGAAGACGAUGUCCCUCCUUCCACUGCUAUCGUCGAGGCGAUACCUUUGACCCCCAACGAGAUGGUCACGGAUGAUGAGGGACCGGUACAUCUGCGGUACAGUGAGGCCACCACGGCGACUUUGGAACAGGAGAGCUGUAGUCAAGACGACCUCAUGCAGUCUUAUCCUAUCAUAGAGGUCAGCGGGGACGACAUAUCCGAGCGGGGGGACGGGUGGUCAGGACCGCUACCUUCCUUACCGAGUGAUGAUGAUGAUGAUGAUGAUAUUCAGUGUCUGUCUGGGGGCAGCCCUCCGACCGCCACGCCGGAGAAAGAGGUGGACCAGAGUGGACCGGAUGCCGCGAAUCGGCAUGAGUGGUUAUCCUCUCUUCCACUUGUAGAACGUGUGAAAGCUCUGGGGGCCAUGAGGAGAGGCUCAGAUGUGAGCCGCUGGGCCAAUGGGACAUGGAAGCUCCCCCGAGUAUCGCUGGCUAGCCUGGGUGUCCCGGAAUCGUCGGCUGACCAGACGACCCUUCCGUACGAGGAUGAUGUACCAGUAGUGGAAGUGGUUAACGAUGAUGACUUGCUGUUGGAGGACAGCAUGGCCGAUGGGGUCCUGGUUGGUGGCGCCUCGCAGGGCGCGUUGGGUGAGACGGCCGCCAGCGAAAGCCCUACAGUGUCACCGGACCAGAUUGCCACUGGUGGUAGGGCGGAUACGCAGGCCGGACGAUCUGUGUUGGGCUCAAUGGACUGGGAGAAACUUGGAGACGACGAACUGAAGCGGUGGAUGUCAUUCUUUGGUCUCAAGGUGGCCUCUGGCACCUCUAGUCGAGGGAACAUGGUCAGGACCCUCACGGACAUCGCUAGAUACGUCGAGAAAGGCGCGGCCGUGAGGGUGGACGAGGAACAGACUUCCGUCGAGGCUCCGAGGAGGAAGCGACAGAGGAGGUCCCCCGCUAAGAAAUCCAAGGAAGAGAAAAAACGAGAAGCUGAGGAAAAGCGGAGGGCCAAUAAAUUGGCUCUCGUCCACGCCAUACGGAAGGACACUGAAAUGUGGCAACGGAUGCUCCUUUUUGAGACCAUCGACCUCACUGACCUCUCGACACGUCUCAAGAACCAGGUCGGUCCUGUAUGGUAUCGCGGAAGAGCCCUCAUGUGUCAGGACGACUCUAUUGUGUGUGAUACAGUUCUCCUACGGGAGAUGCUGGAAGAACAAGGUGUCCAAUUUUGCAAUACCCUCCAGUCAAUGACCCAAAGGGCUACUCGAAAACCGAGGAAGGCGACGGCAUCUGUCCGACGACAAGCUCGAUCGUAGUCUCUCGAUACACCACCCCUGAACCGGGGGAUGUGCCAGCCUGAGAGGAGAAUUCUGUGGCGCGUGACGGUUGAUGAUGUGAAGACCGAGCAGACGUUAAUGAAGCUAAGAACUGCUCCGUAUGCUGUAUG